UUUAAUGAUAUAGCUUAUUACGACUAAAAUACAACUUGACAAUCGAAUCCGAUCUCAAAUCAGCUAUAAAGCAUUUAAAACGCAAGUAUCGUAUGUUACAACCUUAUGUAAUUCGCAAAGGGGGUUCGGCAGGAGCGAUAUUUCUCUGUGAUUGGUUAUGGUAGCUGUCCGUCGUAUUUGAGGUUUGGUUGAAGUACUUUUGUUUUGUAGCCUAAGGUUGAUUUGGAGUGGGACAAAGACCAGAAGCUGGAGGGAUUCAGCAGUGCAUGGGUGCCCCGGAAGCCGCUCUCCUCCCCCCAGAAAGCUGACAGUGAGGUCCAGCCAGACAUGAAUGCCACCAAGGGAGGCCUGGUCAUCUUUACAGCCAACUCCAACCCCUCCUGCAUGGAGCUUGGCAGGAGGAUCGCAGAGCGCCUCGGAGUUGAGAUGGGAAAAGUGCAGGUGUAUCAAGAAGCCAAUCGAGAAACAAGGGUGCAGAUCCAGGAAUCUGUGAGAGGGAAAGAUGUGUUCAUCAUCCAGACGGUCUCCAAAGACGUCAACACAGUCAUCAUGGAGCUUCUCAUCAUGGUGUACGCCUGCAGGACCUCCUGCGCCCGCAACAUCAUCGGCGUCAUCCCCUACUUCCCUUACAGCAAGCAGUGCAAGAUGAGGAAGAGGGGCUCCAUCGUCUCCAAGCUCCUGGCCUCCAUGAUGUGCAAAGCCGGCCUGACGCAUCUGAUCACCAUGGACUUGCACCAGAAGGAGAUCCAGGGGUUCUUCAACAUCCCCGUGGAUAACCUGCGUGCCUCACCCUUCCUGCUGCAGUACAUUCAGGAGGAGAUUCAAGAUUACAGGAACGCCGUUAUUGUGGCCAAGUCGCCAGCCUCGGCUAAAAGGGCGCAGUCCUUCGCCGAGAGGCUGCGGCUGGGCAUAGCUGUCAUCCACGGGGAGGCUCAGGACGCCGAGUCAGACCUCGUCGAUGGUCGCCACUCUCCACCUACUGUUAAAAACGUGGGAGCCAUCCACCCCAGCAUGGAGAUUCCCCGGCUGAUUCCCAAAGAGAAGCCCCCCAUCACAGUGGUCGGGGACGUGGGCGGCCGCAUCGCUAUCAUUGUGGACGACAUCAUCGACGACGUGGACAGCUUCCUGGCGGCGGCCGAAACCCUUAAGGAACGCGGAGCCUACAAGAUCUACGUCAUGGCGACACACGGCAUCCUGUCAUCCGACGCUCCUCAGCUCAUUGAGGACUCCGCCAUCGACGAGGUGGUGGUGACCAACACCAUCCCCCAUGAGAUUCAGAAACUCCAGUGCCCCAAGAUCAAGACGGUAGACAUAAGCAUGAUCCUUUCAGAGGCCAUCCGUCGCAUCCACAACGGGGAGUCCAUGUCUUACCUCUUCCGCAACAUCGGCGUAGAUGACUGAUGGCGUCACACGUGCUUCCUGGCGCCAUCCGGAGGCCAAAUUUCACGAUGCACUUGGCACAUUUUUAUUUUUUUUUUUAAACCUUUUUUUUUUCGCCCUUGUGCAGCAAACCGUGCUAAGAAGCCAAAAGGAUUUUAUUUGAUCCCUAUUUGAUAGUAACAGACUCUUGGUUGUGUUGAAGUCCAUCUCUGGUGGCCUCUUCUUUCUUGGUCUUCAUGCAGCCAUGCGUGCCAUUGUGAGACGCAGCUGCAACCAAGUUUUUCUCGUGGCUGAAGUUAAUGUGACUUUUUCAUUUUUUUCGUAUUGUCAGGUCUCUGAAAUUCUAUCUUUCCCUGAUGCUGUAUUCCUAUUUCCAUUUUAUUUAUUUACUUUUCCACAGGAUUUUUGCUUAAAUCACUUACUUUGGCGUUAUUUGCUAUUGAUUGAAAGCUUUCAUGUAUAUCGAUUAAUGUUCUUCACUGUCCUAUUUUUUUUCUUUCCAAAAGGCGAAACGGGUUAAUAUGCAUAAUGUCACACUUUUGUGCAUUAGGUACAUAUAUGUAGAAGAGGCUUUUUUAAAAAAAUAUAUAUUCCUGUCUCUGCUCUAAUAUGGUGCCGGUCUGCAUGAAGCUUAAUGGAGUUUAGAGAACCACAGCCAAUCGGAGGCAUGCUGGAUCUGCAGUCCCUCCUGGGAUCUGGGGGCAUGCCCUGACUUUUCUACUUUUUUUAAUCCCUACUUUAACCCCUGCCCCCCCGACUGAUAGACAUGCCAUGAAAGAGCUGUGUUUUAAGCACUCUGCCUGUAUCCCUGGGAUGCGAACCCAUCCCCCGUUGUCUCUCCAAAGAGAAGUUAAGGUGUCUGGGUCGCAAUUCGGGAUUUGAUGUCAUUUAAUAUAAUUUUUUAUGGGUCUUUAUAGAGAUAAUUCAGGCUUAUUAUAAAUGCCAGAUGUCGACUGCAGAAAAUACUGACUGGAAUUUUUUUUCGUAUUUAUUUUCAGCAAUGGAUUAAAAAUGCUUUAAUCUUGCCCUUUA